AUGCAACAGGGGUCACUGGAGGAGUCUACUGGGGGAGGACCCCUCAUCCACUUCCAAAGACCUCCUCAGGGAAGCUUAAGCAAACUCUUCCCACACCAGUUUCAAGAGGACACAACUACCUCCAGGUCCCAACCGAUAAAACCUGUUGUUUCCCUAAAAGACAAAGCCCAGACAGGAAAGCCGGGGGAGAGCAGCAAACUUCCUCCUACCCAGGAAGUGAUUGACGUGUCACCUGGCUAUAAACUUGUUCGAAAUCGAGAACAGAUUUCGGUCACCUUGGGAGAUGAGAUGUUCAGUAGGAAAAAACACUCAGAAUCGGACAUCUUGAGCAAAGUCAAGUUUUCCAGGACUGACAUCAUUUCGGACCUUGAGGAGCAGAUCUCCGAGCUGACAGCAAUAAUACAACAAAUGAACAGAGACCACCAGUCGGCCCAGAAGCUACUCUCCCAGGAGAUGGAUGUCCGCUGCACUGAAAUGAAGCAGAAGUUUGAAAAUGAGAACAGCGAUCUCAAAAAGGCUCACAAGGUGGAGCUUGAGAAGUUAGAGAGCAGCUACAAAGAAGCCUUGAAGCUGGAGAAGGCACAAGCCCAAGAGAAGCUAGAGGAGAUGGGCAAAGAAUAUAAGUAUCUGAAGAAUAUGUUUCACAUGUAUCAGGACAGCAUUUACGAUGAAAUGGAAGAUAAGUGGUCAAAACGGAAGGCCGAAUGGGAGAAGGAUGAGAAGCUGGAGCGGGAAAAGAUCCUGUUACAACAGAAACAUAAGAUGACCAAGAAGUUUGAGUUAGAGUCGGAGGAAGAAAAGAAGAAAAUGAAUGACUCCUUCAGCGCCCUCUUUGAGAACUUCACUCGCGAGAAAGAGGAGCUCAUGAAACAACUCAAUGACGCUAACUUGCAAAUACAGGAGCUGAGAAAAUCCAAGGAGAUCCUGGAGGCUGAGUUGCGGGCACAAACUAUCGUUCUGGAGACACUUAACACGAACCUUUACCACUGCCAGCUGGACCUCCAGAGAGAGAAAGCUAUAGUGGGAAAUCUGGAGAAGCUGAUGCAGACGAAGCUGAUUGAAGCUGAAGAAAAGUAUAAGUACACCAUACAGCUCCUGACCGAAGAAAACACCUUACUCAGGCAGAGGAUCAAGAACGAGGACAUGUCUGAAGAAAGAUCUGAGAAGUCGGCCUCUGCUACUCUUAGUGUGUAUGAGUCUGACUUUCCUGAACCCAGCAGCAACAGGAAGUAAGCGUGGUGGAUGAGGAACUGUGCUCCGCGGCUGGAGCAGCCGCCUUGCCGCAGCCCUGUGGAGCUGUGGACUCCAGCAAGGUUUUCUAGAGAGAUGCAGAUGGGUUGUGUUAUGGCUUUAUUUUUUGUCUUUUUUUUUUUUACAAUUUGCUUUCUUCAGAAUGAUUAGAAAUGUUUGAAUUCUUAUCUCAAUUAUAUCGUGACUCUUCUAUGAAAACGGACGUCCUCUGUCCCGGAUUUGGACCUCCUGUGGGGCGUACGCUAUCUUCUUUUCUGCUUUUUAUGUAUUUUGGAGACUGGUUUGAAGAGACUCCUUAUUAAAUGCUGCAUUUUUUGA